UCUGCAUUGCCGCAGCUUUGCUUCGCUUUCGUCUUCUUGCAGGUACUCCUCCAGGUGAUCUUUCCAUCGUUCUGUACAUCUAUAGGCAAGCGAAUCCACUCACAAAAUGCAGAACGAAGCUGGUGAGAUGACCGAUCUGUACAUCCCGAGGAAAUGUUCUGCUACGAACAGGCUCAUUACUGCUAAGGACCACGCGUCGGUCCAGAUUAAUAUCGGGCAUUUGGAUGAGAGUGGCGUGUACACGGGCCAGUUCACCACAUUUGCACUUUCUGGAUUUAUCCGGGCUCAGAUCUUCUAUGUGCUUGAUCCAAAUCUUCAACCAAUUCCUGAUCCAACCGACGAUGACACCGAUGAAAUCAAGGCUGAACAAAAGAAAAGAAAUGAAGAUGAAGUUAUGUGUAGAGGACACAUUCUCAAUGCUCUUUCGGACCGGCUUUAUGAUCUUUAUACGGUGGAACCAUCUGCAAAAGCAAUUUGGAAUGCUUUGGAAUUCAAAUAUCAUGCCGAGGAAGAAGGGUGAUGCUGAUAGUUCUCUGGAUAGGCUUUGGCAGAAGAAGAAAGCUGAAGUCAGACAACAGUAGAAAUCACUUGUGACAGGGAAAAUUCUAUAUGUUUGAUCCGAGUGAUGAAGUUACUUUAGUUUCUGAUGACAUUUUAGUCCCCGAUUAGAUGCUUUAAUUGUAUUUGACUGGAUUGAGCUAUUAUUUCUGUUCAGGUUUUUCCAGCAUUGUCAUUCA